CAUCUACGAGGAUCUCUAUUAUGGGAAACAUCAUGUCUGUGUCCUUUGCACCUGAGUGCACAGAAUCCAAGAACAAAUACGACGACUGUUUCAACAAAUGGUAUACUGAAAAAUUCUUGCAGGGCAAAUCUCUUCAGAACGAAUGUACCGAGUUCUGGGACACCUACAUCACAUGCGUGAAUGCUGCAUUAGUCAAACAGAAGGUCAAGCCCAUGUUGGACAAGGCUAGAGAAGACCAGCCGUUUACCUCGGAAGAGAUCCGAGCCAGCGCAGGUACUGAGAAGAAAUGAUAUAGUGAAAGACAAAGGUCGUUCCUAGAAAACCAUCUUCUGAAAGAGAAAUGGUCGAAGAAAAUUUAGAAAAAGUCUCAAGUCUAGAACAAGUUAUAAACGAAUGCAAAUUGAAAGAUGUGAAGGGUGACGAUUUCAUUAUCAUUUGGCCAGUGGAUGGCUUUUCCGUGGCUGCUCUGCCCUCUUGUAUAUAUUAGAGACAGUCCAUGACGACUUACUCACAUAGUACGCAUAUAAAGAAAACAAUACAUGUGCACAUAUCAGUUC